AUGUCUUCGCUCCUCAUCUCUCUGGUUAUCUUGAUUGCCCUCACCUUGGUCCUCAGCUUUUCACUUUUUGUUCUUAACCGUAUUCGCAAGCAGCGCAAGGCAGCCGGCACUUUACCAACAUACGAGUCUGCAAACAAAAACCAGCAUGGCCUGACGAUUUCUACUCGCAAUUCUACACUUAUGUACUCCGAGAAGGAACAACUCCUUGACAACUCUUCUCCUAUGCCAUUAAGCCCUGAGAACGUCCCUGAGAUUCGAAUUACAUUUCCCGAAGAAACCGACAAGGAAACUGGUCGCAGGAUCUCAAGAGUCAUGGUAGUUGAGGUGGGCGAGGCCGGUGUUGGAUUUGUUCGCCCUUUGAAGGAGGAGGCACUUCCCCCAUAUCAACAGAGGUCGGAUGAUCGUUUCGCGUCUGUCGAUCUCGAGAGAAUUGGAGGAUUGAAGGAGAAGGACACCCCAAGAUCCCCAUAA